GGUAUACACUGAGCCCAAUCUUAGAAUAUACACUGAGCCCAAUCUUAGAAAAAAUAGGAGAGAGAAAGGGCUAAAAAUAAUCUACGUUUCUGUUAAGCAACAGAAAACUGAGUGAGAUUUUGUUGCAAUGACGGCAGAGAGCAGCGACAACAGCGACGGCGGCAGAGCAGUUAUGACGGCGAUGAAAAGGAGCAGAUUCGGCAACGGUCAGAUACGAUGGCAGAUCUGGUGAAGGCAGCGACAGUCACGAGAGCAGCGGUGUGAGUAGAGGUGGCUGGUUGCAAAGAAAUUAUCGGUGACGAUUUUGGUGCUGCGGCGAGGCUGGCGGUGUAACAGCCUGAGAAGGAACAGCCGUGAGAGGAGCGGCGACUAAUUGCAGAGGGUGUGAGGAAGCGCGUGCACGCGUGAAUGUAUGGUUCAAAGAGAUUUGAGACUGAAAUUCAAAGGUUGAAGAAGCGUGUGAAGAGGUUUUGGGAGUUCUAUUUGUAGUUUCUUUUUCUAUAUUGCGAGCUUUGUUGAGUGGUUUCCAUGGCGCAAGAUGAAAAUCUGAGAUGUUCAUCGGUUUCUCACGAUGCAGAACGGCAUGAAACAGGUUUGGGAAACGAUGUUCUUCUGUACAUGGAGCUGUGGAAGGCAUGUGCAGGGCCUUUGGUUGAUGUUCCUCGCGCAGGAGAGAGAGUGUUCUACUUUCCUCAGGGUCACAUAGAACAAUUAGAAGCAUCAACAAAUCAGGAAUUAAAUCAGCAAACUCCUCAGUUUAAUCUACCUUCUAAGAUCCUCUGUCGCGUUGUUCACAUUCAGUUACUGGCUGAACCAGAAACAGAUGAGGUUUAUGCACAGAUUACUUUACACCCAGAAGCAGAUCAAACAGAGCCUAAGAAUCCUGAUCCAUGCCCUCCUGAGCCACCAAAACAGACUGUUCAUUCAUUUGUUAAGAUUUUAACGGCAUCCGAUACAAGCACCCAUGGAGGGUUCUCUGUUCUUCGGAGGCAUGCUAAUGAAUGCCUUCCUCCAUUGGACAUGACCCAGUCAACCCCAACUCAGGAUUUGGUUGCCAAAGAUCUCCAUGGGUACGAGUGGCGAUUCAAGCAUAUAUUUAGAGGUCAACCCCGGAGACAUUUACUUACAACAGGAUGGAGUACAUUUGUAACUUCUAAGAGAUUAGCUGCAGGGGAUGCUUUUGUUUUCCUAAGAGGUGAUAAUGGGGAAUUGCGUGUUGGAGUUCGACGACAUGCUCGGCAACAGAGCCACAUGCCUCCGUCUGUUAUAUCCUGUCAGAGCAUGCAUCUGGGAGUGCUUGCCACUGCAUCUCAUGCUAUUACUACUCAAACCCUAUUUGUUGUGUACUACAAGCCGAGGACAAGUCAAUUCAUCGUUGGGUUAAACAAAUAUCUAGAGGCUGUUAAUAGUAAAUUCUCUGUUGGUAAGCGGUUCAAGAUGAAGUUUGAAGGAGAAGAUUCUCCUGAGAGAAGAUUCACAGGCACAAUAGUCGGGGUUGGAGAUAUUUCCCCAGCGUGGUCAGAUUCUGAAUGGCGGUCGUUAAAGAUUCAAUGGGAUGAACCUUCAACCAUACAAAGGCCAGAUAGGGUUUCAGUAUGGGAGAUAGAGCCUUUCGUAGCUUCAGCUUCUUUAAAUCUUUCUCAACCAGCAAUGAAGACCAAAAGGCCCCGACAUAUUGAUCUUCCACUUGUUGAAACUCCAAACGGUCCUGCUGCCUCAGCUUUCUUGUUUCCUGGAUCAGUCACAUCCCUUGAAUUGAGCCACUUAGGUAAUGGUUCUGAAGUCCAAAGCAAUAAUUACCCAGCUGUCUGGCACCUGAGGCAGAAAGACCUUAAUAGCAACAUAACCAAUAGCAGCAGCUGCUGUAGCUCAAAGGCUGCCCGUGCAGAUGGCAUCUGGUCUCGGUCUCCACUCAGGAAUGAUUCUCUAAACCUCUUUCAAGAGUCAAUAGAUGAUGAUAAAAAUGUAGCAGCACGGCCCAUUCUUUCUGAUUAUCCAUCACCUGUCUCAUCAAGGCCAAGCAACGGCCUCAUACUUAAUCAGGAGCAGAAUGGGAAAAAACCCGAGAAUUCUACUGUUUGCCGUUUAUUUGGGAUUGAUUUAUCACACAACUCUUCCACUGUUUCUCGUCUAGAGAAGGAAUUGGCAUGUUGUGCAGACCCCAUCGUGUCUAGUGGCAGCAAAGGUCCCAACGCAGUUGCAGCUGCUUCUGAAGCUGAUAGGUUUCAAGACCCAGACUUUUUGAAGUUAUCAAAGGAACAGAAGGAAGUUCAAUUAGAGGCGUUGGCCAAUGAGACACAGAGCAACCAGGGUUGCUGCUCUAGUUUGACAAGAACUCGUACCAAGGUGCAAAUGCAAGGAGUUGCUGUUGGUCGUGCUGUUGACUUGACCACAUUGGAAGGGUAUGAUGAGCUUAUAAUUGAGCUGGAGAAAAUGUUCGACCUUAAGGGAGAGCUUUGUCCUCGAAACAAAUGGAAAGUUGUUUACACUGAUGAUGAGGGUGAUACGAUGCUCGUGGGCGAUGAUCCGUGGCCGGAAUUUUGUAAAAUGGUGAAGAAGAUCCUCAUAUGCUCAAGCGAAGAAGUGAAGAAAAUGAACAAGAUUCCUUCCUUGUCUGCAGAGGGUGGGGAAGCAAUUGUAAGCUUGGAUUCAGAGUUAAAUCUGAAGCAUGAAAUAUGAUUUUAAUUUUUUUGUUUUCUUUUUGUUAAAUUUGGAAGUUGUUGGGGGGCAUAAGAAGGAUAGUGUGCAUGAUUUGCCUUGUUUCUUUUGGCGUGGUGAAGAUGUAAAAAAUCUAAUUAGAGACUUAAGUUUUUUCAUUGAAGUGGUAGACUCUCUACUCAUGAUGUUGUAAAAGACAUGGUUGAAGGCUAGAUUUUGAAUUUUGUGAAUGCUUGCUUGUGGGGUGUUGUGGUUUUUGGUUGAUUAGCAUUCAUUCAGUCUGAAAAAAUGUUUGCAUGCUGGAGUUUUGAUGGCAAAGUUUUAGUCUUCCCUAAUUUUUUUUUUUUUUUUUUGGAGAGAGAGUGGAUAAUUUGAUUGUGACAUGUUCAUCUUGAAAAUGACCAUGUAGCCGCUUCUUGUUCUCGGCUUUGUAACGUUAAGGCUCCUCUUAUGUGUUGGUGGUAUCUAUAAAGUCAUGCACUUGUGUUAAAUUUUGUGUUGAACUUCAUGCACUGGUGCAAAUGUCAAUAGGGAAAAGUAUGUGAAUACUGUUUUUCCAGGUCUCUCUAACUAUUUUUAUUAAGUCCAUUUAAAAAAAAAAAAAAGAAGAAGAAGAAGAAGAAGCAGAAGAAGAAGAAGACAAACAAACACUUUUGUAGACCCAGCUGAAAGAUAC